UUUCACCUACUGUAUAUAAGGUAAAGAUCACCUCUUUCCCGCGCUUUUUGUCCUUAUCCAUAUGUCAAUAGCCACAGACUGUGUAGCCAAUUCAUUAAGUUCCUUUUGAUUCCCGCCUUUGCUUUGGUGCCCCAUCCCAUAAUGAUAUUUAUGGGAUGGUAUUGAAAACUCUUCGUUUCCGAGAAAAGGUUCUCUCAUCACGUCCAUUAUUGCAAGGACAGGAAUAUCGAAUAUUUCAGUUCAAAUUUUGGUUCGAUAUAUUAUUUUUCACCUUCCAUUCCGUCAUUAUUAUCUGAAAUGAAUUCCGAAGUGGCUGUUGAUGCUGUCGGGUCAGCAUCGUCCAACUUUACGAAUUUCAGCAUGGAUCUUUGUAGUUUUCUGUUUUCCUUAUAAUGUUCAUUCUUCCACUUGCGAUAAAACGCACCAGACUGACGUUUUGUUCUCCUAUCUGACAUAUCUGAAUGUAUCUAUAAUAGUAAUAAGUCUUUGCUUACAUAAACUAUAUAUUUUUUUCGAAUAUGUAAGGGGUUAUCCAUAAAUUACUUUCGUAUUCUUCGUGAAAUAUUUAUUGUAAUUAUACAGUUUAAGGGAAUAAGAGUUUUUUAAAUUAUUUUUUUUAAAGAACGUAUAUUUAAUAGACAUUCAGAAAACGCAUAACAUUUUGUCGGUUGAUCCGUAUAUAAAAGUGCUAUAAACAAAAUAUCAUAGGACUACUUACUGAUUGUGCUCGGUUCGAGACGCCAUUGUUUAAACUUGUUUUCGUCGCGGGGCAGCACAUUGGACAGCGGACGCGUACAAAGCGUGUCACGUGACAUUUCUUAAUGCCCUCUGGUCACAUGACUAUUCUCUCGCUCGCAUCUCUGAUGUGUUCCUGAUAUUAAUAAUAAUAGAUAACGAAUAACUAUACGAAACAACAAAGGUAAAACCGCUCGCUAACGACAAUUAUUCUAUCAUGAUAUAUAUUAUGAUGAUAAAUAUCAGUCAAAUGCAAUAUAAGAUGUCUAUUGUCUUGAUGUAAAUAAAUAUACUGUAACUAAAUUUUGCGUAAGACAUGAUUAGGCCAUUUAAAAGCAGAUUAGAAUUAUUAGUUAUUUAUCGAAUCAUCAUACGUUGUUAUAUGUUGAUUUUAAUCCAUAUUUAAAAUGGAAUGAUGUUUUAAUAUUUCUAUUAACGAUGUCUCCAAACGUCAGCGAAUUCUUCUGCGAGAAGAAAAAGUUAUCAGGAGCAUGUCAGACGCAGAGAGGAAAGGGUAAUCGCGUGAACAGAGGGCAUCGAGAAAUGUCACGUGACACGUUUCGUACGCGUCCGCCGUCUAAUGUGCCGCCCCGCGACGAAAACAAACUUAAGCAAUGGCGUUUUGAGCGGGGCAUAAUUGAGGCGUCGUCACCUUUGACUGACCACGGUUAGCCAUAAGUGGAAACGUCCGACACCUACCAUUACACUACUUAGGGGUUGGAAGCACUUUUCGAACGAGAUUCGUGCAGCAACAGUCCCUCAGAACAACUCAACAGUACAGUUACCGUCAUCUUAUGGUUCAUCUAGCUCCUCUGGAAAUUGACAGGUAUAAUGCACGGAGAAGUUGCAGAAAAUUUGGUUUCUGAAAGAAUUAUUCAAACAGAAUGGUUCUUACUAAGGAUAGGAAAUUUCGACAAGUGUUUAUUAAUACCUUUGAACCAAACUGCAAUUGUUAUCGGAAGGAGUAGCAAUAAACAUCUCAAAGAGAGUCCCAAUAUAUCUCGAAAACAUGUUCGCUUCGAAAAGACUUCAGACGACGAAUGGAUUAUACAAGAUCUACAAAGUACAAAUGGUGUUUUUGUUAACUUCAAGAAAAUUGACACUAAGAGUGUGUACUGUGUACAAGAAUCUGAUAUUAUUGGAUUAGGAAGUGCAUCAGCUGAUUCAGAAAAGCAUUUUAUGUUCAAAUUAUGCCGGAAUAAGAACUGUUUAUCUCAAAAUAUUAAAACAAAACGAAGAAAUUCCGAUUAUUAUUUAAAAAAUUGGAAAUUGAAAAGAAAUGCAUCAAACACUUCAAAUAAACACGCAAUAUCCACAAGAAACAAUGCCAAAAUUGCAAACAUGGAAGAGGAUGAAUCUUCUUUCCAUAAAAAUGAUGGAAAAAUUUUACAAAUUAUUGCGUCUAUCGAGAAAAGUUUACUGAUAAACAUUCCUAAACAAGUGAAUUUUUCCAUGAAAAAAUAUUUAAAUGAAGCUUCCUACGAAGCUGAUCAUAAUAUCCAAGAUCUAACUUUAAACAACUCAGAUAAAACUAAUAAUUUUCAUGAAAAUCUUAUUUCAAAUAGAAACAUGUCAGUAGAAAUAAAUGAUAAAUGUAAAUUGAACGACGUACAAGAAUCUUCCAUUCUGCUCCACCCAAGAAAUAAAAUGGAAUGUGAACAAUCCUCAAAAAUAGUUGGUGAAAUAAGCAAAGAGGAGACCAGUAAAAUUGUUAACGAAGAUAUAUUGUUAUUUAACAGUUUUGAUUAUAAUGAAAAUGUUAAAAAUUCAGGAUGCGUACAAAGUGAUGAAACUGUAACACUAUCGAGUUACAGCAAUAUAAACGAGAUAAAACCUAAAAAUAUGAAUUCUCCGGACAACGUAAGUAACAAUUUGAAUAAGAGCGGUGAAAGUGCAGAAGAGAAAAAGUUACUUUCAUCGCCUUUUCUAGAAGAUGCUCACGAUAAGAUGAAACGUAGCUCUUCUGGAGAUUCAUCGAAUCACUUUUAUCCCCAUAUUGAAAAUAACCAUCAAGAAACACAAAAGUGUAUUAUUAAAGAUAUACAAGAAUGUUCGAUUCGAAAAUUCGAAAAUCAAUUGCCAAUAGAAAAUAUAGAAAAAGAUUCAUAUAUUAAGGCUGCAUGUAUUGCAGAGAGUGAAGUAAUUAUUGAUGAUAAGCCUCCUUCACAGAAACUGGAUAAUGAUUGCAAUUUAAGUUCUUCAGAAAGAAUAAAAAAGACAAAGGGAAAAAUUAAAAAAAUUGAAAAAGAACUUCAGUUAAAAAAGAAGCAAAAAAAGAAAAAGAGUAAUUUGUAUUCUACCAAUAAGAAUGCAUCAAUGAAAUUGUCAUAUCCAACAGCAAAAACCUCUACAACAAAGAAAGCCAAAGCACGGAAUGACAAAACAGACAAAAUAAACAUUGAUUUAUGCAUAAAAAGGAAAUUAAUAGAGAUGCAAAUACUCAAAAAGAAAUCAAAUAUUGUCGAUACUACAUCAAGUAUUGUUUCUAAAAGUAAUAAGACAAAUAAUGAAAAGCCUGUCAAAGGCAUCUCUAAAGAAAUUAUUUCAAAGUUUAAUUCCCUUCAAAAUUAUAAAAUUCCAAAGAAAAUACGACCAAAAACCGAAGCCGUUGAUACAAAAGAAACCGAAGUGAAGAAACAUUUGAAGCUAGAAUCGCAACAAAAAUUCAACGAUAAAACGAGAAAAUUUAAUGAUAAAAAACCCAAUUUUCGAAACAAAAAUAAGAAGGUCCUUCACACUGAAGUCAACAAAAAUUUUAAAAGAAAAAGCUUUUCAGAGUCUCCUUGCAAAACAAAAAAAGGUCACUUUUCUAAAACCGAAAAUAAAACUAACGGUACAGUAGAAUUUAAAUAUCCGAGACAGAGAGAGAAUAUAAAAGAAACGGAAAAAUUUAUCACGAAAGAAACGUUGGAAGAAGUUCCAGAAAUUUCUAUGACGACUUUAGAAGAUGUGAUUACCAAAAUUUUGCAGUGGAAUGCAAACUGGCUUCUAGAACAAAAAGAUAAUCUAAGUCCACCACCCAUUGUUGAUCAAUCAUCCUUAAGAAAGGUCGCACUAUUUUAUAACUCUAAACAAGAAUAUUUUAACACUUAUAUAAAUUUAUUAUUGUUGGAGAUAUGGAACUGUAUGUUUCGAUCUUGGCAAAUUACAUUAGAAAAGAAGAGCAAAAGUACUUACUUCGCAGUCGUUGAUACUAAGACUUGUAUGGAUACGAUGAUUAUAAAUUGCCAGACUGUAAUAUCACCAAAGAUACCUUUCGAUAAAGAAUCUUAUCCGUUCGAGGGAAAUAUUGUCGUCGUCGAUUUAAGAAUCCAAAAUGUAGAAAAUGCAGUAAUAAAGGUAUUUGGUUAUAUAUCAGAGCAUAAACAAGAAAAUUACAAACCAGGUAACGGUACUACUGUUAGUUCUUUACUAACCAUGCUUCCAAUUUGCAAAGAAGAAAAUAUUCAGUUAAUUUCAUUCGUAGUUAAAAUGAAAUUGCGUGACAAAAAUCUGGAUCUAUCUAAAUUAAUGAAAAUCGAAAUGAUUUCUUAUAUAAAACCUCUGCUAAGACAUUGUGAAGCUUUGUUUAACUUUACACAGAGUAAUCUGUAUCAUCACAUUCUUAAACCCGAUUGCAGUAUUUGUUCUUGUGAAGAAAAUUCAGAUAUUGAUUUUACGCUUCAAGAAAAUUAUAAUGCAACACAGAUUCUAGCGAUAUCUCGCAUAUGUAAAAGCAUUUGCCAGUCACAGUCACUUUCUAAAAUCCAUUUAUUGGACGGUCCACCCGGAACUGGAAAGACUUACACCGUAGUAGGAAUUAUUCGUCAAUUAUUGUGUCAGAAAGACAGAGAACAGCGUGUGAAACUUCUAGUCACAGCUCCUUCUAAUAUUGCUGUGGACGAGAUCGGUAUACAACUCCUAAAGAUGAAAUCACAACUGAAGAAACCUGAUGGCAAAAACGUUCGUUUCGUACGAAUUGGCCAGGGUGAUCAAGUGCACAGAGAUUUAAAGUUUUAUUUCAUUGAAGAAUUAGUAAAACAUAAUUUGAAAGAAUUACAAAAAGAUCUGGAUCAGAUCAAUAUGAAUGAGCUACAAAUCAAAAUCGCUAGAUUAAAGAUGGAAAUACAGAGAGAAAAAAUUAACAAUAAUUCUAGACACUCGAUAGAAGUUAUAGAAUCGCAGUUAGAAAAUUACUAUCAAAAAUUCGAAUUAUAUCAAAACAGAAAUGAUAUCAAUAAAUGUAAACAGAAGCUUAGGAUGGACAUCCUAACCAAAGCCGAUAUAAUACUCUCUACUUUGAAUGGUUGCAGGAAUACGUCAUUAGAGAAUGCUUUCGGUAAAAAUAGCUCUGUAACAUUCACUUGUUGCAUCGUGGAUGAGGCCGCUCAAUGCACAGAACCCGAAGUUUUGAUACCUCUUCAGUAUGGAAUCAAUAAACUGAUAUUAGUAGGUGAUCCAGAACAAUUACCAGCAUCGGUCACUUCGAAAAUAGCAAUACAUUAUGGUUUACAAUUGUCUUUGUUCGAGAGAUUUCAAAGAUAUUUUGUACAGGCGGAGGAACAGAAUCCAAUUCUUUGUUUAACGGAAAAUUAUCGCAUGCAUUCGGAGAUCUGCAGCUUUGUUUCCGAAAACUUUUUGUGUAAUCCAUUAAAUUCAAAAGUAAAUAAUUUUAGUUUUCCUUUAAAACCUUACGUCUUAUUGGAUAUUCUAAGCGAUCACGAAUUCAGGACUUCGAAUAUGUCGGAAGUUGUCUUUGUCGGCAAACUUUGUAAAGAACUUUUAAAAAUUCUUCCAUCUUCCAGUUCAGUGGGAUUAAUUACGUUUCACCAAACUCACAAACACGCUUUCAAUCAAUAUUUUGAUUCUAUCGACGAAUGGAGAAACAAAAAUCAGUAUAAAGUGGAAGUGAAUGUCGUGGAUAGUUUUCAGGGUCGUGAAAAAGACGUCAUUAUUUUAUAUUGCGCCGGAGCGAAUAAUUCCUCUAAUGUCGGAUAUCUAAACGACAAACAAAGACUGAAAGUAGCAUUCACUCGAGUGCGUUACUCGCUCAUACUGUGUUGUGACGUUGCAUUUUUGAAGAAACACUUCUAUUGGAAUGGCCUACUAUCACAUGCCAAACAGAGAAAUGUUUCGUUUCAAGUUAAAUCUAUAGCAGACGUGAUUAAGAAGAUCACAAAAUAAUAGUGCAAUCAUUGGAAUAACUCUUCAUUUAUUUUGUUCAUCUCUAAUUGAAACAACAAAAAAGUAAUUUCUGUUAAAUUUAUGGCAUUUUAUUCUGUUUAACGUUUUCGGCAAAUUCAUUUUCUCUUCAUCACUACAAAAGAGCAAAUAUUUGAAUCUAUAAAAUUUAAAACGAGUUAUAAAUUAAAAUUCUUUUUAAAUUUUUUAUAGUUUGGAACUUUAGAAUUUUUUUAUUCUUUUAUAGAUAAGUUGAAUUAGCACGAAAUAUUUGAUGGAAUUAAAAAUAAUUCUAUCAAAAACUAUUUUAUUUGUCUGUCCAUUGUCUGACAGCUGUUAAUUACAUAUUGUAUAUAAUUCAUGCAAAA